CUGAUUUUGGCUUUUGCGCCCAAAUCACUCCUGAGCAGAGUAAGCGCAGCACCAUGGUGGGGACGCCAUAUUGGAUGGCUCCCGAAGUGGUCACAAGGAAAGCCUACGGCCCCAAGGUGGACAUUUGGUCUCUGGGCAUCAUGGCCAUUGAAAUGAUUGAGGGGGAACCUCCGUACCUCAACGAGAACCCCCUGAGGGCUUUGUAUCUCAUUGCUACCAAUGGGACCCCAGAGCUGCAAAACCCAGAGAAGCUCUCCCCGCUUUUUAGAGACUUCCUUAAUCGCUGCCUGGAAAUGGAUGUGGAGAAGAGAG